AAAAAUUUAACUCUUCAAUUUCCUCAGAAGAGAGCAACAAAGAACUAAGAAAGAGAAGUCAAGAGCUCAGCUUCACACACGCACACACGCACCAGCACAAGCGCAAAGCACACUCGCCUAUACAUACACGGAUAUGUAUGUAAAUCCGGCCGCAUAGGCUGCUGCAUAGCAACGACGUCGUCGGAGUAACCAUAAUUUCAGCUGAUUUACCGGCGAUGCGCUUCAAUUUUGGCGGCGCCGAAACCCUAACUCUUGAAAAUGUCAUCCUCACCUCGAAAAGACCCAAUCUUUAACCCUAAUUCCGGCCCCGGCAACAAGAUGCACGACCCGCAUCCCAACAUUCGGGUUGACCCGGACGAGGCAUUGAAACAUGCCCUCCUCAAAUUGCGCCCGCGCCCCGUUUCGCAAUCCGGGUCCACCUCGCCUUACUCCGGGUCCGAACCCGACUCCGACGCGUCAAACCCUAACCCACUCCCCGCCGCCGCCGACUGCACCGCUUUGCUGUCGGAUGAGCUGUUGCUGAAAGUGUUGGAUAAGAUUCUUGACAGGAAGCAGCAUAUUACGAAUUCGUUGGUUUGCAGGAGGUGGUGCGUGCUGUGCGGGAAGCUGGUUAAGUGCAUUAGGUUAAUUGAUUGGGAGUUCUUGGAGUCAGGUAGGUUGAGCUUUCGGUUUCCAAAUUUAGAAGAUGUUAAUUUAGUUCCGGCAUGCGUCAAAUCUGCGAGAAAUUCCGGGAUUUUGCUUAGUAAUAAGUUAAUUGAGGUUCGUUUGAGUUCGGGGGUUUUGGAAAAUGGGGAAGGGUUGUUCAUUAGGAAAGGGGAUGUUUUUGAGUCCAAGGCAAUCGAUGGAGGGGUGGCGAUAUUAGCUGAAGGUUGCAAGAAUUUGAGGAGAGUAGUGUUGAUGAAUGUCACUGAAGAAGGGCUAAAUUGCUUGGCCAAGGAGUGUGAGUUGUUGCAGGAGAUGGAGUUGCACAAUUGUGGUGAUUUGGCGUUGAGGGGGAUCUAUAAUUGCAAGAAUUUGCAGAUUUUGAAAUUGAAUGGAAACAUAAAUGGUGUUUAUGAUUCUGUGGUUUCUGAUAUUGGACUGACUAUACUGGCACAGGGUUGCAGCCGGCUAGUGAAGCUCGAGUUAGUGGGAUGUGAGGGGAGUUAUGAUGGUAUUAAGGCGAUCGGGCAGUGUUGCCAGAUGUUAGAGGAGUUAACAAUAUGUAAUCAUAGGAUUGAAGGGGGGUGGUUGUCGGCCUUGUCAUACUGUCGGAACUUGAAGAGUUUGAGUUUCCAGUCGUGUAAGAAUAUUGACGAACAUCCUGGACUAGAUGAGCAUUUAGGAUCAUGUAUGAUGCUCGAGGAGUUGCAUUUGAGGAAGUGUCAAAUGCGAGACAAGAAGGGUGUAAAGGCGUUGUUUGUAGUGUGUCGAAGGAUCAGAGAGCUGGUUCUUGAGGACUGUUGGGGAUUGGACGACAGUAUCUUUGCUGCUGCCACUACUUUUAGCAGGAGCAUAAGAUCUCUCUCGCUGGAAGGAUGCUCGUUACUGACAACACAAGGACUAGAAUCAGUAGUUCUUUCUUGGAAGGAGCUCGAUAGGCUUAGAGUAGUUUCGUGUAACAAUAUUAAAGACAGCGAAAUAACUGCAGAACUAGCAACCUUAUUUUCCAUUCUCAAAGAGUUGAAGUGGCAGCCGGAUUCCCGGUCAAUGCUGUCUGCUAGCCUCGCUGGUACAGGUAUUGGGCAGAAAGGCAGUAGAUCUCUGAGAUGGAAGUGACGACAAGCGAUGCUGAUCCAAACCAUGACUCCACACAUAUGUGCUUGUAUCCCAUUUUGUUUGAGUGUAUCGGAUACAGCUUUUUCAGGUGGAGUCGACGAUUUUGGGCUGUCAAACAUUCUCUCUGUAAACUUGUUUAGCCUCUUUAAUCUUAUACAGCUUCUACCCCUUAUGAUGUAUUUUCUCAUUGAUAGUGUAGGUGUGGAGAAGCUGCAGUUUUAGUGAUGACUUUAGAUGCAGACACAAACUUUAGAAGCAUAGUCCAUGAAAACAGUUGUGGUGGCAGAGCUUCUUGUAUUUGUUACACAGCAAUUUGCUAUUCAAGCUGUAUUAUUAUGAAGUCUUCUUAUAGUCUAUAGAUGAAUAAUAGUCAUUGUUUUGUUGUUGCCAA